UUGCCCUACGAAGCCACCCUCACCAACAUCUCGCCAUCCAAAGUCAGACAACUCGGCUCCGCUCCGCCCACUUCGCCCUACGCAUUCUCCGCCACGGGAAAACAGCCCGUCGCCGGCCCGCCUCGGCCCUUCUGUCGCCAUCACCAAGCCACCACCGCUCCGGACCAGCUUGUCUUCCCAUCUGCCUCCGCCCUAUCACACAACAUGGAGACGAACCAGAUCGACCAGCUGCUUGAGCGCUACCUCGUCCUCCUGGACGAGUACACGGUGCUUCGCGAGCUCCUCAGCAAGACUCAGGCUGCCAUGUAUCAGAACAUCGCACGAGCCAACUUCUCCGCAGAGAGGGGCGUCAGAUACGGCCCGGACUACUAUGACGAGCGCAUGCAGGCUUCGAGAAUCCUCUCCAUAUCGGCGGGCAGCAAGGAUGUCCCUCGCUUCGAGCUUGUCAAGCCUGCAGAGGCUGUAACGGAUCCGGGGCCCCAUGAGGCUCCAGUUGAUGAGGGGAAACCCGAUGACCUCGAUGAGGCUCCGGCUGACGGUCCGAAAUCUGACGAGAAACCCGAAGACACGACGAAGACGGCGGAGGAAAAGAAGAAGAAGAGAAGCAACGAUCCCCUUCGGUGGUUCGGCAUUCUCGCGCCGAUGCCCCUGCGCCAGGCGCAAACGCUAUCGGUGAAGGCCGUGCAGGAUGUCAUUCCCCGUUUGGUCUCAAUCAACGCUGAGAUGAUGGACUUGGAGAUUGAGGUCCGCCGGGCACGGAAGAAGAGGGCGAAAGCUGAGGCCGCUCACAGCAAGAUCGACGCGGAGGACGGUCAAGAGCCGGGACGCCACGAGUCACGAGUUCCUGUCACGACUGUGGAAUCUACGUGA